AUGUCGACUGUCGGUCCGGUUCGGCCUAUGCAGGCGCUGCGCCAGCGCCGCGAAUCCCAACGCCCCUCCCAAUUACGCAGCAGUACUAGAAAUGCACAAGGUGAUGCUGAAGAGGCAGCCGCGGCGGACAAAGUUGUGGAAAAGCCCCUCGUAAUAAAUGAGCAGUACAUAUUGAAGAAAUUCAAAGGCUCGCCGCCUUCGUUGAUUGUCCAUCUCCACCAGCACCACUUUCGCUUCGAGCUGCAAGAUGGCAACUUCCCGUACAAUUCUCCCAUGCGCCCUCUGCUACAACAUAUUCGGGAUGGAACAGUACCGCACUUCAUGUUGGAGGAGAUGCUGCGCGCUGGCGUGCAGUUCUACGACGGCUGCCUCAUCGUCCAAUUGGUCGAUCAUCGCUCCGCCGAUGCCAAAACACAGGCGGGGACCACGAACAGCACUUCUAAAGAAGGGAAGAAUGCUCAAUUCUCUAUCCAUAACUGGAACGAGUAUUUGACUCCGUCGCCAUGGGUGCCCUAUCCUUCGCCUCCGAAGUCCUCUUCUGACGAGUCUCCGCCCCCGAAAUCCGAGCAGGCAAAUCGCCCAAGCUCAUCCGCAGGCGAAAAUAAGCCAAAAAGCGAGGGUCAAACGGCCGAUGACACGAAAGCAGCAAACAAAAUCCCAAGAGUCUGCACCAAGGUGUUAUUUCCAACGUCACUGUCCAAUCAGACAGAACUGGAACUGUUGGCAAACACCCCAAUGCCCGAUCUAGCCGCAGCAAGAAGACAACAGUCCAGGGCAGCAGCCACUCCCCUCUCGGCGCAUCCGCCUACGCCAAUGACAUCAAUGCCUCCUACACCAUCUACAGCUCGUGCCCCGGCACCUAAACGACAGAAGAUGCUUUUGGAUGAAACCAACGUGCACGAUUUUGAAGCCGAGGUGAUCAACGCGACUGCUCCUGCACUCUUCCUCGAACCUGUUCAUAGCUUGCUGGAAAGCCAGGAUAUAAUUGAGGCCACCACACACUCCAUGCACAAGAAUGCCCCGCCAGCACCUAAGACGAGGAAGCGGACGACGGCUGAGUUGGCGGCUGAUGAGGCACAGUUUGCGGCCGAUCAGAACUUCAUGCUCUUUGGCGACAGUGCUGCGCCUGCUUCGGGUGCUGGGCAGAUGAAUGGCGAAGGCGAAGGCAUGCGCAGUGGAGCUGCCGCCUUCGAGCCUCGCUUCUCUCGGUUCAAGACUUUGGAAAACAUCAAGAUUGCCCACGAAGAAAAUGAACGCAUCAAGAAGGAGGAGGAAGCUCGCCAGGCCCAGCUCAAGCGGGAGCAGCAGGCGAAUGCAGAAGCAAUACGUAGGAGAGAGGCCGAGGCAAAUCAACAGGCUGAGCAGAACAGGCUCUUGGUGGCGCAACGGCAGCAGCAACAGCAAGCCAUGCAAGCAGAACAAAUGCGGCGUCAACAAGCCCAAGCUCAGGCUGGCAACUCUAUCGGAACGCCUCUUCACACGCAGUUCAGCCAAGCACAACAGAAUUCGCCAAUGGUUCGCCAGCAAACUCCUAUGCAGGCAUCGCCGGUAAUGAACGCGAAUGCCGUCGCAAACCACGCUAUGGGCGGUGUGCCGAUGGCUCCGACUACUUCAAGCCAAGCAGGCAGCCCGCCACGCCCGCCUUCUGCCGUACCUCACUCUGCAGGUCCACAGAACAUGGCCCGACAAAUGAGCCGCCAACACAGCAGCCAACACCCAGGAAGCGCCCAUGGAACUCCCCAAAUGCCAAUGAACACGCCUCAGAUGAACACAGCCGUCCCGGUUACUCGCCACAUGACACCACAGCCUGGUCGCGUCAACCAACACGGCAGCCCAGUCGGAGCCAUGCAGGGCACGCCUAUGAUGCCUGGAGGUGGACAGAUGGCACCGAACCUGACGCACGAGCAGAUGCUGCGCAUCCAUCAAAUGCGUCGCAACCAACUAGUACAGCAGCAGCAACAGCAGGGUAUGGCCGGCUCACCUCAAAACAUGACUCCAGAGCAGAUGCAAAUUCUGCGCCAGCAGCACCUACAAGCCCAAGCCCAAGCCCAAGCGCAGGCCCAAGCGCAAAUGGCCCAACACAGCAACCAGGGUUCCAACAAUGGUACACCUACGCCAUACAAUGCUCAGCUAGCUCAACAAAUGCGACAGCAGAUGGCCCAGUCCGCCUCUCCAACCCCUGGCCAGCAACAAGGCCAACAGCGUCCUCCUGGUCAGCAAGGCAUGAUGGGCGCAAACAUGGGCAUGAACGCGAUGGCAAAUAUGACACCGGAACAGCAGCAGCAGUUCCACCGCCAGCGCUCGCAGAUGAUCGUCAAGCGCAUCGCAGCUCACUACGGCGGCAACAUACCCCCUCAGCUCCAGCAAAUGAUCCGCAGCGGACAAAUUAUGCAGGCCUGGCAACUGGUCGUCCAACAGCAGCAGGCUCAGAACCAAGCUAACCAGCACCAGCAACAAGGUGGCCAGAACGCCAUGGGCAUGGGAGGCGGCAUGGGCCAGAUGAACAUGGGUGGCAUGGGCAUGGGCGUCUCCAUGAGUGGCGGCCAGAUGAGCAUGGGUGCCGGCGUUGCCGGUCUGCCGGCGGGCAUGAACGGAAUGGGCGCCAUGGGUGGCGGAGGCAUGACCAUGCAGCAGAUGCAGCAGAUGCAGAUGCGCCUCCAGCAGCAGCAAGCCGCCGCAGCCCAGCAAGGCGGCGGCGCCGACGGCGGCCAGCCACAGAACCAGCAGGCGUACAUGGCCCGCCUCAUGCGCCAGCAGCAGAUCCUCGCCCAACGCCAGGCCCAGCAGCAGCAACAGCAACAGCAGAACAUGAUGGGUGGCAACAUGGGCAUGGGCGGCAAUAUGGGCAUGGGUAUGGGCUGGCAAGGCGGCAUGGGCCGUGGCCAAGGCGGUGGCAUGGGCUAG